AUGGUUCCCUCCUUGACCGAUAUCCUGGACCAAUUCGACAAUGAGGACUUGCCUGACCUGAACAUGAUACCCGUCAAGGUUCGAUCGGCUAUGGCUGCCACGAGCAAUCUCAGUCCACAAGGUCGACUGUGGACCAGCAGACCUAUCAAGUGUAGUGAAGCCGUUGUAAAGUCGGAUGCGGCUGCACUACCCAUGAACUGCGUCCUGCCAAAUAUGGCGUUUGGCAACAUGUCGUUACUCCCGGAUCCUUUUUUCGCCGAAUUACCAGCAGGUUAUAGUACGGGCCUAAUCCGACAAUACCUUCCGCGAAUGAAUUCGACAGCUCAUCGGGUAGUCAUCACAGAGCCUGAGUUUCCCACAAACUGUGCUGAUAUGCCGGGUGCCUUCUAUGUUAGGUACGCAGCGACGAAUCUGAACUAUAUCACCAUGACAGGUUGGGGAAACUGGAGCCUGGAAGUUUGCAUGCCAGCGAACUUGACGCAGUCGCCGUGGCGUGCUGUACGCACCCGCCAAGAUAUCACCGAAGAACUCUAUCUUAAUAUUUCUCUGGUAUCAGCCGACCCUGUGCAGCAGUACGUAACACCCGAAGACCAAGGUGGACUGUUUAAAAUCUCGCUUGACACUACUUUGGGCUAUUUUGAGUUACCCAACUACAUGAAUGGCGAACAACCAGGGCCGUUGCUUGAUGAGGACCCGAUGAAUCACUGUGGCGGAAAUUGUAGUAACCAAGCUUACCGCCAGAACGGUGCGGAUUCAAAUGGGAAACUGGCGCGCGGAGAGUUUCCUGGUGAUAUAAGUAGUUUUGUCAACUCAUCUCUCACGUUGGAGAUGCGGAAAAACCGAGGCCCGUUGCUAACAGUCGCCUUGGCUCUCUUCGGUUCUGGAUCCUUCAUUGCAGAGCGGAUGGCCCGUCCAGAUGCUUUCAUGUAUCCAAACAUGACCUAUGAAGAGGCGAAAGCCACGCCGAACUACGGUGCUUGUGUCGAUCAAGCUCCUUUUACAAAUCUGUUACGUUCGUGGAGCGACCAAGAUCAGAUUGGGACGUUCAUAGAUCCCUGCCUGAAAAACUCGAUUCACAAUCAUGACGACGUCCAAAGACAGAUAGCCAACUUUGUGCACUCACUGUAUUGGAACCAUUUCGACGGAUAUAAGGGCGAUCGCAUCACGAAUGCCUUCACAUCCGCUGCCUUCCUCGCCAACGAGGCAUGGCUCUCCUCUACAGCAUUCAUGAAAACUUGGUCUGUGACGUACGACCACGGUGCCGAUACCCUCGUGCCUGUUAUAUCGAGUACCGGCAUACUAGUCAUCUCCAUCCUUCUUGGCGUCUUUUUGGCAUCGCUUCUGGGUCUCGCAAUCUACAGCGCCGUCUUGCCGCGUUGGACCGACCAGCUGGACGCCUUCGCCAUGUUGCGCAUCGGCGCUUCCAUCUCCGACAAGAUCCAAUUUCGAACCAUCCCGAACGCUCAGCGUGUGCGUGUGUUGGAUGAGUUGCCGGGAUGGAUCGGCGAUGCGGCCAGUGGUGAGGAUGCGCAGGGCGAACUGGCGCUUGGCGGUCCUGGACGACUUGGUAGGAAGCGAAAGUUUGCUGCCCUGGUGCAUCGUAACUUCUUCUCGACACUUUUGUUCUUCCUGCUUGAUCCGCUCGACAACAUGGAAGCUUUUGUUGCAAUGGGCCUCGCUGGGAAUGUCGUGCAGUUCGUGCAAUUCUCUGGCCAGCUCAUAUCUCUCGCCAAGGAGAUCAAGAAGAAGGGCGCUCCCUCUUCGCUGAUAGAUCUGCGCAAAGUCGCCCAAAAUCUCGCACAAAAAACUCGGGUAAUCGUGACUCAGCUCAAAGCGAAUACAGCCACACUUGAGCAGGAAGAGCAGCAUCUACUCGAUGUGGCCACCGACUGCGAAAAAGCUGGAGAGGAGUUCGUCAAAUACAUUGAUGAGCUGAUUACGGUGUCGAAGUCUUCCUCACACUUAGAGAGUUUUCAGUCCAGUAUCAAGGUAAAAUGGCGUCAUAGUAAGAUUGAAGCGUAUGUCUCUAGGCUGGACAAGUUGCAGGGGUCUCUUUCGCUUGCAACAGUGCUUUCUCUACGCAAUAGGGAGAUCGGUAACCACCACGAGGUCCUUGAACAUCUUAAAUCAAUAAAGGCAGGAGUUGAUGCACAACAACAGAAUGUCGAUGAGCUGAUAAAGGCUUUAAACCUCUUACAUGGUCUAGUCGAGCAGCAAUCGGGUCCGAAGCUAGACAUGUUGCAAAAACAGAUGGAUUCAUGCAUGGAGAACAUCCAGAAAAUCCGGUCCUCAGUCACCAGCACCCGAGAAGGAGAGAUUUUGCGCUGGCUAGACUACCGGCAAAGAACAUGGCGGUUCGAGGAGGUCGAAGAAGCACACCGAACGACGUUCGAUUGGAUAUUCAGAAAGCCAUAUGCAAAGACACCCUGGCAUGAUUUCGGUGCCCAUCUUUCCGGGAAGGAUGUCUAUGAACCAUACUUCAUAAAUGGUAAAGCAGGGAGUGGCAAAUCGACACUGAUGAAGUACCUCGUCUCGAAUCCUCAAACAAAAGCAGAACUCCGUAAGUGGGCUGGUCAACACAAGCUUCUCAGUCCAUACUUCUUCUCCUGGAAUAUUGGAACCCCACUACAAAAGAGCCAUCUCGGUAUGCUCCGCUCAUUACUACAUAGCAUACUCGCUCAGUAUCACGAGCUCAUACCUGCUGUAUUUCCAACCCUGUUUGCCAACAGAAUUCCCAUCGGCGGCGACGAACCGCCUUCUUAUAUCGAACUCAAGAAUGCCUUCGAACGAUUGAAGUUUCGCUCCGCAUUCUUUUUGCGCAUCUGUAUCUUCGUGGAUGGAGUUGACGAGUUUGAGGGAGACCAUCGGGACAUGUCAACCUUCCUUCGUUCCAUAGCUUCUCCAGCGAUCAAAGUCAUAGUGUCGAGCCGACCGAUAAAUGCAUGUCUCAAUGUAUUCAGACACAGCCCGACACUAAGACUCCAGGACUUGACGCAGGAUGACAUGCAAGUUUUCAUUCGGAAUAAACUAAGUUCGCAUCCAAUGAUGGUGGGACUCCAAGCCGAGUGGCCAGGAAAGGCAGCCAUGCUGGAAACGGAGAUCCGGGAGAAAGCGGAAGGAGUGUUUUUGUGGGUUCGAAUUGUCACCGGACUUCUAUUGCGUGGAUUGGAAGAUGGAGAUGAUUUUGACGAUCUUCUUCCUAAGCUUCGUGCUUUGCCGUCUGAUUUGCGGGACCUCUAUACCCGGAUGAUGGAGAAGAUGCCCGCAGACUAUCAGUCACAAGCCUCUCAAAUGUUCCAGAUCUUUGAGUGGUGGAGGCUUCAUUUUGCCGAUACGGAGUUGGAAUUACUGCUACUAGCUUUUGCUAUCGAACCAUCGUCCACAGCGCUUAACUUAAGCACGGAUGUUUGGAGUACCCAGAUGAAAAAGCAGUUUUCUGAGAGAACCGAAGCUCGUAUCCGGAGCCGUUGUUGUGGGCUGCUGGAGUUGCGCGAGGUCUCGGCUCCCUGGUACGCAUAUCGCAUCUGGACUCCUUUCCAUCCUGAAAACUUCGAAUCCUCCGUUAAGCGAAAAUGA